GACACAUGGGUUGCUUAUGUCAACCCCCAACCCACCCCCUCCCUCCCCUAAUAUCAGCAGGUACAAGUCAUGUCUGGCUACAGAUAAAACCAGACUGACCAUUGGCCUCCCUGGCUUCUGACAUGCCUGACUCAGUUCCUUCACUUUCUUGUGGCACUGCUGCUGAUCCCUGUCAUUCUCCUUGUCCUGUGCUACCUACUCAUAGGUGUCCGUGUUUCUACAGCUGGAUUGAAGCUAUGCCUGCACAGCUGUUUCUCCCCACAGGCACAGGAGUUCCGAUAUCUCCUGUCCACUCCAGGCUGGAGCGUGGCUGGAGUGUAUGAUCAGCCGGUCAGCUGCAAACAGCAAUGGAGAUCUUCUGGGUGUGCUUGCCAAUCUGGACAGUCAGGAAAAGGCACUUCAAAAAUUUGUGGGACUUCAAAGGACGGCCUUGCUUUUUACUCUUUUGGAUCUGCUCCAGCCCAUCCAGUGUGCAGAGCUGGUGUCAAAGGCUCAUUGCCUACCCAGGAUCCUUCUGCAGAUAAGGGGCUGGAUCGGGGAGCCCCCUCCAUCCGGCUCAGAGGUAUUCAUUGGAAAACUCCCUCAGGACAUCUAUGAAAACAAACUAAUUCCUCUCUUCCAAAGCGUGGGCAUGCUGUAUGAGUUCCGCCUCAUGAUGACCUUCAGCGGUCUCAACCGUGGCUUUGCCUAUGCCAAGUACAGCAAUCGGCGCAGUGUGCAAAUCGCUAUUGCUGCUCUGAACAACUUUGAGGUGCAGAAGGGCUGCCCCAUCAUGGUUUGCAGGAGCACUGAGAAGUGUGAGCUGUGUGUGAAUGGCCUGUCAUCCUCAGUGGAGCAGGGCCAGCUAUGGACACUGUUGCAGGAGCUGACCAUGGGGGUCCUGAACAUUUCCCUGUAUCCCAGCCCCUCCCGGAAGGGGGGACAGCUUGCAGUUCUGAAAUACAACUCCCACCGAGCCGCAGCCAUGGCCAAGAAAACUCUAGUGGAAGGUAACUUGGGCUCGUAUGGAGAGGAAAUUGAAGUGGAUUGGCUGAAAGUAGACAUGAAGCAAAAACUCCGUGCCAGCUCAGAGAGAACCUUCCCAGAAAGCUUGCAGCCUGCUGGCUGCAAGAGUGGCAGUCCGAGCCAGAUGCCUUGUGGUGCUAUUACGUGCCCUUUGCCGCAGGCUUUCUGCGUGUUAGACUACCUGAACGCACUGUGCAAGAAGCAGCAGCUGGGAAUCCCUGUGUUUCUGACUAAAUGUGUCCAAGCGAACCCUGAUGGCUGGCUGCGGUUCUGGUAUCAGGUGGUGAUUCCAGGUUAUCCAUCCCCCUUCAGUGGGUUUAUGUGGAUCAAACCUGAUAAGUCUGGCUUGAGUGGACAUGACAAGGCCAAGAAUGCCAUAGCACUGCAGCUGCUCAAAACUUUGGGGUGCCCGGUGGUGUAGGCUGGAUGUUUCCACAGAGCCAUGCGCUGCCCCCU